AUGGGUCACCAGUCCUGCUAUGCCUUGUCCAGCAUCUUCAGAGUCAGCUUGUCCUCUAGCACCUGUCAGAACGAGUUGGAGCCUGGAGUUGAUGGACUUCAGGGAAUGCAGGACAGUGAUGACAUCAGCCAGUGCGCACCUUGUUCAAUCAGCCUAAAAGAGGAAGCGUGUGCACUGGCUGUGAGGAAGUCACUAAAGGUAUUCUCCCACGUGCUCUUGACUCCUGCCCGGGUCACUGUCUUGUGCGCUGGGCCCUGCACGGUGGUGGCGGGAAACGGGUACAGGAGCGACGCCCAGAGGACUGCGGCCACAGCUCCCUGCGGCGGCCGUUUGCUCUCCAAGGCUGUGAUUUUCAUGUAUGUGGAACUGACCAACUACUGUGAUUAUAAAGACUACAGGGAAACCAUACUGAGCAAACCAAUGCUGUUCUUUAUUAAUGUACAGACCAAAAAAGACACCUCCAAAGAAAGGACAUAUGCGUUUCUUGUGAACACAAGGCACCCCAAGAUCAGAAGACAGAUAGAGCAAGGGAUGGACAUGGUCAUCUCCUCAGUGAUUGGGGAAAGUUACCGGCUUCAGUUUGAUUUUCAAGAGGCAGUGAAGAAUUUUUUCCCUCCAGGAAAUGAGGUGGUUAACGCAGAAAAUUUGAGCUUUGCGUAUGAAUUCAAGGCUGACGCAUUAUUCGAUUUCUUUUAUUGGUUUGGGCUCAGCAAUUCCACUGUAAAAGUAAGCGGAAAAGUUCUGAAUUUGUCAAGUACAAGCCCGGAAAAGAAGGAGACAAUUAAGUUAUUUCUGGAAAAAAUGAGUGAACCUUUAAUCCGAAGGAGCAGUUUCUCUGACCGAAAAUUCAGUGUAACUUCCAGAGGUUCAAUAGACGACGUUUUUAACUGCAAUCUGUCACCCUGAUCAUCACUGACAGAGCCUCUUUUGGCAGAAUUACCAUUUCCAAGUGUUUUGGAAUCUGAAGAGACUCCCAACCAAUUUAUCUGAUGGGACUGAAUAUUCUAGCAGCGACUCCCAUGCUCUGGCCGUGCCAGCCUGUGGGAGGUGGGGUGGG